GCGCCUCUUCCACCCUCGUCGGCGCUUCCCCAAACCUCUCCAAACCCUAACCCUAAUCCUCGCUUCACCAUGGCUGAGAGAGGCGGAGAUCGCGGUGGCUUCGGGCGUGGUUUUGGCCGCGGCCGCGGUGACCGUGGGCGUGGUGACCGCCGUGGUGGUCGCCGUGGCGGCGGGCGCCGCGAAGAGGAGGAGAAGUGGGUGCCUGUCACUAAGCUUGGCCGCCUCGUGAAGGAGGGGAAGAUCAAGAGCUUGGAGCAGAUCUACCUCCAUUCUCUCCCCGUGAAGGAGCACCAGAUCAUUGACGCCCUCAUUGGCGGCCCUGGAAGCGGCCUCAAGGAUGAGGUCAUGAAGAUCAUGCCCGUCCAGAAGCAGACCCGUGCCGGACAGCGAACCCGCUUCAAGGCCUUCGUCGUCGUCGGCGACAGCAACGGGCACGUCGGCCUUGGCGUCAAGUGCGCCAAGGAGGUCGCUACUGCGAUUCGGGGGGCGAUCAUCCUUGCCAAGUUGUCUGUUGUUCCUGUGCGUAGAGGGUACUGGGGGAACAAGAUUGGGCAGCCUCAUACCGUUCCUUGCAAGGUUACUGGGAAGUGUGGGUCUGUUACUGUUCGGAUGGUGCCUGCGCCGCGUGGUUCUGGGAUUGUCGCUGCUCGGGUGCCCAAGAAGGUGCUGCAGUUUGCGGGCAUUGAUGAUGUAUUUACUUCGUCUCGUGGAUCUACAAAGACUCUCGGCAACUUUGUGAAGGCAACAUUUGAUUGCCUCAUGAAGACUUAUGGUUUUCUUACUCCCGACUUGUGGAACGAGACACGAUUUGUCAAGUCACCAUUCCAGGAGUUCACAGACUUGCUGGCUAAGCCUACUAAGACAAUCAUCGAGGAACCCGAGAGGCUGGAUGUUUGAGUAUUUCCUAUUUGAUGGUUUUGUUUUGCUUCUACUAUUAUCUGCAGCAUGGAUUCUAGAUCUUGUUUAGAGACAAUUCAAAUCUCCAUUGGAUGAGUUCAUGUUUUUAUUGUUUGCUUUUACUGUCACUUUCAUUCCCAAGUUGUUAUUUAACGGGAGGCUUUUUUGAUUUAUUGAAAUCAGAUCUUAAAUUUCUUGAAUUUU